AUGCUAGUCCAUUUUGUCUCACCACUGUCUCACUAUCGAGCCGGACAAGUACUUCAACAUCAAGUGGAAGCCGACCUCAGUGACGACGGACCGCUUUCUCCCGAACGAAAGAAACGAAAAAUGACGCCAACUGCUCCUCAAGCGACCGCUGUCAACGCAAAGUCGACCCCCGUGCCCGGCUCGAGGCCCGGUGAGCCGCCAUUCCAAAUGAAGAUCGAGCCGGACAAGUACCUCAACAUCAAGUGGAAGCCGACCCCAGUGAAAAUGGACGUGAAGAUCGAGAACACGCUGAAGAGCCGGCAAACCUUCAAGAUCAAGUGCACCGACAACGACAUCUUCCGUGUGCGUCCUCCACUCGGCUUCAUCAACCCCGGCGAGACGGCCAAGAUUCGCAUCACGUGCACUUCAAAGACGCUGCCCGAGAACGAUCGACAUCUUUUCGCCAUCUACCACAUGAAGAGUGACGAGGACAAGAAGACGGCUCGCCAGGUGUGGACAACCGAGUCAAAGCCGGAAGGUGUCACCCGCCUGGUCGUCGUUUUCGAAGAAGGCGAUGAGAAGAAGGACGAGAAAAAGGAGGAGAAGGACGAUAAGGAACCAAAGAAAGAAGCCGAAAAAGAUGAGAAGAAACCGGAUGGUGAGAAGAAGGAGAGCAAGGAGGAGGAAAAGAAGGAAGAAAAGAAUGACGACAAGGGCAAGAAAGAAGAGAAGAUGGAGGAAAAGAAGGACGAGAAGAUGGAGGAAAAGAAGGAAGAAGAAACGAAGGACGAGAAGAAAGAGGAAAAGAAAGACGACGCCAAGAAGAAGGACGACGAGCAAGAGGCCAAGGAAGAUGAGAAAAAGAAGGACGAGAAGAAGGACGACGAGCAAGAGGCCAAGGAAGAUGAGGAAAAGAAGGACGAGAAGCAG